UGUGCUGGUGUUAGGGAAAAGAAAACGUAUUCACAAUGAGAUCCCUAUACAAAGCUGCAGUUUCUUCUCUCAUUCUUCUUCUUGCAAUCGCAUUCCUCUGUACUACUGUCAACUCUGAAGACCACACAUAUUGCUCUGCCAUGGAUACUGCGGAUCAGACAUAUUGCGUUGCCAUGGAUGGUGUUGAUUCCGAGACUUUGCAGAUAGCGUUGAAUUGGGUGUGUGAACCGGGACGAGCGAAUUGUUCUGAGAUUCAACCAGGAGAAAAUUGCUAUGAGCCUGAUAAUGUCAAGAAUCUUGCUUCUUAUGCGUUUGAUAGCUAUUACCAGAGUCAAGGCCAAUCUCCCGAGUCUUGUGAUUUCAAUGGAGCAGCUACAAUCACUACCAAUGAUCCUAGUCAUGGAAGCUGCAUAUUUCCUGGAAGUAAGGAAUCAAGCAACAAGACUACUCAAUCAUGCAAUGCAGGGGAGAAUUUAAAGCUCAGAACCUACAAGACUACUCAAUCAUGCAAUGCCAUGGAAACUGUGGAUCAGACAUACUGCGUUGCGAUGGAUGGUGUUGAUUCCGAGACUUUGCAGACCGCGUUGAAUUGGGUUUGUGGACUGGGAGGAGCAAAUUGUUCUGAGAUUCAACCAGGAGAAAAUUGCUAUGAGCCUGAUAAUGUCAAGAAUCUUGCUUCUUAUGCGUUUGAUAGCUAUUACCAGAGUCAAGGCCAGUCUCCUGAGUCUUGUGACUUCAAUGGAGCAGCUACAGUCACUACCAAUGAUCCUAGUCAUGGAAGCUGUAUAUUUCCUGGAAGAAAGGAAUUACUCAACAAGACAAAGCAAGAGGGGAACUCUACUCAAUCAUGCAAUGCAGGGAAGGAUUCAAAGCUCAUAACCUUAAGCGGCAACAAAAAGAGUGAAACCAAAAACAUUUUGCUCAUUGCUUACUUGGUUGGUGCUUUGCCCACAGUGUUGUUACUCCUUUUGUGUGUUUUGAGAGCGAAUGUAUGAUUUGAUUAUCUCUAAGUUUGUAAAUAUUAAAGCAGUUUUCUAUUUGUGUUUUUAGUUUCAUAGCACAUGUUUUUCUAAUGUACAAAACAUUUUGUUCAAACUAUUUUUU